CGCGGGGGGGGCUAGUGGGCGGCCGCGGCGAUGGCGGUCGAUAAGGAGAUGUUGGAGCGGGACCUGUACGCGCUGUUGGGCGUCGCGGAGAAGGCGUCGGACAAGGAGGUUAAGAAAGCCUACAGACAAAAGGCCCUGACUUGCCAUCCAGAUAAGAACCCAGAUAAUCCUAAAGCAGCGGAAGUCUUCCACCAGCUGUCUCAGGCUUUAACUGUACUAACCGAUGCAGCAGCAAGGGCAGCAUAUGACAGAGUGAGAAAAGCGAAGAAGCAGGCAGCAGAAAGGACUCAAAAACUUGACGACAGAAGGAAAAAAGUGAAACUUGACCUUGAAGCCCGGGAACGAGAAGCCCAAGCUCGUGUAAGCGAAGAGGAAGAGCUCCAAAUAACCAGAACAUUAGAGCAAGAGAUCAUACGUCUGCGUGAAGAGGGCUCCAGGCAGUUAGAAGAGCAGCAGAGGCUCAUUCAGGAACAGAUCCGGCUUGAGAGAGAGCGAGUCCAAGGCAAACAAGAAGGGAAUGGAGCAGAAGGCAAAGUGACUCCCAAACUCAAACUAAGAUGGAAAUGCAAGAAAGAUGAUGAGACAAAGGGUGGAUAUUCAGAAGAAGUUCUCCUGCGAAUCCUGCAGAAGUAUGGUGAAGUGCUCAAUUUGGUGAUCUCAAGUAAGAAGACUGGGAGUGCGGUUGUGGAAUUUGUGUCAGUUAAGGCUGCUGAAAUGGCAGUGAAGAAUGAAGCUGGUCUGAUAAAUAAUCCUCUAAAAAUCUCCUGGCUAGAGGGCCAGCCACAGAACAAUCCCAACACCACGUUUCCUGGAAGUACUAAUCAGCCUUGGACUUCCCAGGGUUCCGUGCUCUCGGAGCGGGAUUACGAAAGCUUGGUGAUGAUGCGGAUGCGCCAAGCAGCUGAGAGACAGCACCUGAUUGAGCAGCUCCAGCGGGAAGAUGAAGAAGAGUCUCAUACCUAGCAUGGAGAAGUAGUUCCCUGCCCCUGCCCCCCACCCCAUUCCACCUUCUUCCUCCCAACCCCUACCCUUCGUUAAAAAAAAUUGUUCUCUUAAUUUAAAUCAAUAAACCUUGUUUUUUAAGAAAAAUGGCUAUAGGAAUCUUUUCUUGGGGCAGGGCUGAAGGCAUACUAUCUUUCAAGUCUGCACAGCUCUCACAUAAUUUCUUCCCUUAUUAGGAAAAGGCAGAACAGAUGUCAUAGUCUUUUUUUUUUUUUUAUGGCAGCUGCACCAUAGCUGAGGACCUAAUUUCUGAGGGGUGCCAGCUCAAAGGACUCCAAGACAUUGUGGCUGCUUGAGGCCUAUCAAGAUUAGGUCUGGGAAUUUCACAUGGGAGGUUUGGUGGACUGAUAAUCCUGUGGGCCCCAAGUGCAACUAAAGGACCCUUCAUUUUGCUUGGAGAGAAGCUUCACUCUUCAAGCAGAGUUUCAGCCUGCUCCAAACUGGUUCCACAGGGCCAUCUCAUCUGGAAUGCAGCAGUCCGCCUCUGGGCACACCUAGAUGCGUUCCAAGGAGUUAUUUUCUUCAGGUUCUCCUCCUCCUCUUGCUCAAUCAAAGCCUAAAAUACAGAGGCAACACAGAGCUGCUGCUUUUUGCUAAAGCAGGAAGGUACGUUAUCCGGCAUCCAUCCAAUCCAUCCUAGCAAGUAGGCAGGAUGAUAAUUGCCUUUGCCUCCUAGCAAAGGCAAAGGCAAAAAUCAAAAGCUGUAGGGAAGAAAGUGGAUCCGUCACCUGCACUGACCACCAGGGCAGCUCACCACUGGAAAGCCCCCAUCUCUGCUACCCCAGCUGUUGGUAUUUCUAGAAGGAUGCUGUAAGACAAGCAUGCUUUGGGUUUUAACUUUUGGCAACAGCUUCCCACUUGCAGGUGUCUUACCAUUCUGAAGGUCCUCCCCAGCUGUUGGGAGCCAGAAGGAUUUUCUCCUUCUAAACCAUUGCUGCAGCUUUAAGGUUGAGGCAUCUCUCUACUUUAUCCUUCCACAAACCUCCUUUUUUUCUCCUUAGGAUCCUCUGUCCCCAUGCAUAAUUCAGCAGUCUGCCCCUCAGCUUCACAGGCACCAGCCUGAAACUGACAUUCAUGACAAUUUCAUUGCCACCCACAGGGUUCAGAAUAGCAGCUGUAAAACCAAUCAGAGUCUGGUAAAAUUCACUAUCUUGCUGCUAGGCACAGUUAUGAUUGGCAGAAGUGAUGCUAGAACAAUCUGCCGGCAGAUGCUGGAUGGACCAUACAUUGGGAAGGUCCUCUCUUUCUAAGGGUCUGAAACCUCCCCUUCCCCAAUUUUAAGUUUGCAUUCUGCAGAACCGACUUGGUUUCAGGUUUGCCAGUGUGGGAGCAAGUGGGCUUUUUGGAGCUGCACUGACAAUCUGUAAAGUUGCAGCUUGCAGGGUGGAAUUGAGAAGAGCUCCUUCUGUUUGACGCCUCUCCCUCCUCCCACGCCUCCUCUACUCAAAGAUGUAUGUGGGCUCCAUUCAACAGAAGUCUAACUGCUUCCCCUCAUCUGUUUUAAUUAAUUUUUUCAAAGAGGAAUAAGUGGCUGAGAACUCAGGUGAAAGUGGAAGCAGCAUGUCAAUAACACUUGCAACUCAUACUAAAAUGGGAGCAGGUGUCCACCUCAAGGUGGGCAAUCAAGGUACAUAAGAGCCAAGAGAUAUCAGAAACAUGGACAGAGAAGAGCACUGAAAGACUCCACCUGGAAAAAUGUAAAAUUCAUACACCUGGGAGAACAGUAUCUAGCACAUACUCAGGGUCCAAGCAAAGUCUCGGGAAGCCAAAACAGGCUUUUAUUGACAUCAGUGAGCGCUGGGUCAGGUACUCAAUAAAAAGGGGAAACCUGGACACCAGCAACCAUGGGGUGAUGAUGGAUAAGCAGAAUUACAGAAUCAGAGCUGGAAAGAACCUCAAGCCUCUCCCUAAAGAACCUCCUUCACUAGGGUUUUAUGACUUCUUUAGGCAGCUUAUUCCAUUAUCCCAUUCUUCAUAAAAUAGUUAAGGUUCUCCUGGGGUUCAGUCCAAAUGGGUUUUUCUUCAGUUUAAAUCCACUGCCUCCUGUCUUCCAUGACAAGGGAAAAGAAUUUCUUCUCCCCCCAGCUCUUUCUAUGACAGCCUUUCAAAGAUCUGAAAACUGACAUUGUGUUCCCUCUGAACUGCCUGGCUGCCAGCUUGCAGUGUUACUUGGCAGCGAGAAAUGCCAGAAACUUAGCUAGAGAACUGGGGGUGACAGGCAAUAGCUGUGCAACUCAGGGGAUGCUGCAUCUGGUAUUGUGUUCAUGAGUGAAUACUUCCAUACCGGAAAUGAUACUUACCACGAGAAACUUCAGAUGAAAGCAAGAAAACAACUGGGGACACAUGGUCAGAUGCACUCAUUUAUAGGAAGGAUAAAAAAAAAAACCACUCAAAACCCUACUUGAGCUCCAGAGAGCUGAUACCAGCCUGCAAGUAUUUGAAGAAUGUGAACAGUGGAGAUGUAGGGGGGUUAUUCAGGGUGCCGCGUUGGUGGUAUAAUUAGAGAUAAGGGAAAGGUCUCAACUCAGUGUCAGGAAAUGCUUCCUGCUUGUGAGAUCUAACAGAGAGACAGGGACUUGCUGUGCAAUCUUGACACACUCCCUUCCUUUGCUUCAGUUUCACUGUCUACAUAAAUCCUUGUGAGAUGCUCUGACCUCUCCAAAGCUCUACAAGUGAAAAAGCUGAAUACUAGAUUUCAACAGGAAACUUCAAGCAACCAUUAUUGGCAAAUAUGCUGAGGAUGAUUCUCAAUUAAGACCACACGCACAUCCUACCUCAGGUCAAAUCCCACUGGAUGGUGAUGGUAACCAGCCUUUAAUGGAUGAGGCAGCAUAGGGUCUGUGCACAGUGAGCAGCCUAGAGCUCCCACAUACUAACUGCAGCCUGUGAUGUAGGCAGUAACUUAACCCCCUUAGUGCCUCAACUUCCCCAUCUGCCAAAAGCACCUCAGCUCAUACUGACUGCAAGUAUUUGAAGACUGCUAUCAUGUCCCUUCUGAAGUACCUUUUCCACAAGUUGAACAUGCCUAGCUCCACCAGUCUCUCCUUCAGCCUUUCAAACCCUUCAAAUGAGACCUAACCAGUGCCAAGUAGAGAGGCAUUAUCACUCCCUGUGUCUUGCACCUAAUGCUUCAAUUGAUGCAGCCCCCCAAAAAAAUCACAUUCACCUUCUGUGUGGCUUCACCAUACUGGAGACUCAUAUCGAGUCUGUGAUCUUCCAAGACUCUCAAGUCUUUUUCCAUCGUGCUGCCAUCCAGUCAGGCGUUACCCAUUUUAUAUUUGUGUUUUUGAUUAUUCCUCCUGAGGUGUACCAUUUUGCAUUUGUCCACAUUGAACUUCAUCCUACUAGAUCUAACCCAACUUUCCAGUCUGUCAAGAUCUUUCUGAAUUGCGCUCACAUCCUCCAACAUGUUCACGAUCCUUCCCAGUUUCAUGUCAUCCGCAAACUUGCUCAAGAAGCUUUGUAUGCCAACAUCCAAAUGAUUAAUGAACAGGUUGAACAGCAGCAGGCCCAGAACAGACCCCUGUGGAAUUUUGAAUGGUCAAAACCUCUUGCCAUUCUGAUGUGGAGCCAUUAAUAACUACCGUUGCUUGCAGCUGCUGAGCCAAAUAUUUGUCAAAACUGCACUUAAGCUUCCAGGGAUGGAGAUAAAAGACUGCCGUAAUUCAAGCAGCUCAAACCCUGGACCAAAGGCCAGAUCCAGCCCCUGGCACCAGGUCAUCUGGCCUAUGGGGCUCCUCAUGGGUCCAAAAAUUUGGCAGCAGAGGAGCAAUGACACUGGCCCCAAGCCACUCAUUUGGUCCACAGGGCCAAAAGAUUGACCACCAAUGCCAUUAGAGGUGCACUGAUACAUCAGUCCAUGUCAUAUCAGAACCAAUAAAAGGAAAAUUGACA